AUGCCAAAAUGGAAUGUGGACAAGCUGAUCACAUUAGUUCAAGAAAGGCCCGAGCUAUGGGACACUCGCUCCUCCGCGUAUCAGGACCGUGUACGGAAGGAGAUAUCAUGGGAGAAAGUGGCCCGUCGCCUCAAGCCACGCGAGUGGGAUAAAGAGGAUAACCGAGGUCGUGCAGAACUAGUGAAAAAUGUCAAGGUCCGCUGGAACAGCUGCAGGGACCAGUUCCGGAGGGAGCUCAAUGAAAAGGGCCGCAGCGAAGAAGGGACAUCCAGAAAAAGGCCCUACAUCUAUACACAGCAGCUGAGCUUCCUUCGUCCGGUGAUGGAGUUGAGGCCAACUGUGGACAAUCUGGAGGAGAGUGAAGAUUCCGAUGAGGGCGGUGAAGAAACCCCUGCGGUAUUUUCGCCGGAAUCCAGCCCCCAACAUUCACCAGCGGUGGAAACCACAGAACCACCCAUGGCAACCAGUGGUGGGGAACCAGAAAGGCCACAACCAAGACAACAGCCCAGGAGGAGGAGGAAUGCCCGUCAGUCUUCCUCUGAGCUAGCGAAUCGGGAAAUGAUAGAUGCCCGAGUCAUCCAGUUCCUAGCUCAGAGGAGGACUGAUGGGCAUGAAGAAAUCAUGCUUAGGGGGCUUGCGCCAAUGCUAAAGCUGGUUCCACAAGCUAGCCAGCAACAAUGUGUUGCCUCCCUUUUGUUGGUCCUAAAAAUGUUCUCCCUGCCAUACCAGGGAGACAUUUUAUUGGAUAUCAACAAUUUACUGCAUAAAUAUAUGGUGGCUACCAAUCAGCAACCACCAUCAUUUCAGCAGGCACCACAUCCUUGCCAUGGUCAUCAAUCUGUGGGUCCGACUUUCCAGGGCUCCCAAGAACAGAACCCUCCCCUUGCCCAGUCCUUUAAUGUGGGCAUGUUUGCAGCUGCUCCCCCUCAACCAGCCCAGGGGUUAUCUCAGGUUCGGCUUCAGUUUCAGAAUCCUCUGCUUCUUCAGUGGCUUUUCCCACUUCGGCAGACUCUCCUUCAGCCUUUUCUUUGA